AUGAAUGACAUUCAAAACUCUAGUUGCGGGAUUGCCGAAAAAGCACCGAGACAGAUAGCUGAAGGGAAUAAAGAUUCUUUAAAAGAUGGAACCAUUUUUAUGUUAACUUCUCGUGUAAAAAGUACGGAACACUUAAAAGAAAACAAUAAAAAUGGGUACGAAACAAAUAAAUAUCAAAUGGAUUUAGUAACCAAUGACGAGAAACAAAAAGAUAUUUCAAAUGAUGUGACAUAUUCUCAAUCAGAUUCUGCAUUUGACAAAAUGGUUAGCGUAUUAAACUCUUUAAUUACAGAGGCUACCAUGGCAGUAGAAACACCUGUUAAAGGACGUGAGAAAAAUUGGUACGCAUAUGGUCCUAACCAAGUAGCUGACCUUGAUUUUUCGGAUAUUAAUAAUGCUCUUGACGAACUUGAUGAUGAAGAUGAAAGUGAUUUUGAUGAAAAAGAAGGAUGGGAAUCCGAGGAAUCUUCGAGUGAAAAUGGAGAAGAAGAUAAUGAAAGAGGUAGAAAACUUAAAAAAGGAGACAAAUCAAACAAACGUAAUCGAUCAAAGAGCAGACACGAGGAAUUAUUUGAAUAUAGCAUGUCAGAAUUCAAUAAAAGUUUGACAGAAUUUACUACAUUCUUUGAUUCUAUGACGAUGACAGAUAAUACAAAUAAAGAUUCAGGGGUGGACCCCGAAGGUUAUGUCGGUUAUGACGGUUAUGAUGAGGGAAAUACUCAAUAUUGGGAAUCAAAGGAAAGGAACGAAGAAAAUCUAGCAGACCUGGAUGGUUUCUCACAACAAAGUCAUUUCUUGACACGAGCUAUCGUUCUUCCCUUCUUACAUUUUACACAUUCCUUUAUGAUCGAAUCUCUUCAAGGUUCCAAGAUUUAUUCAGAAAAUGGAAGAAUAAGCACAACUAGAACCUUUAUAUCUAUUAUUUAUUGGACAUUUUUGUUCACCCUCAGUUCAUUAGUAUUAGAUUCAUUGUUAUGUGAGAUAUCAGGAAGACAAGUUAUUAAAAUGGUAGAAUUAUUAAUUAAUCAAAGUUCACCAUAUUCAACAAAUUCGGAAAAUCCAUCAAAUCCACCACUUUCACCACUUUCACCACGUCCGAAUCGACCAUUGUAUAGUAGAAAAAAUUCAAGGUCACAAUAUUUAUAA